AUGGAUGAACAUAGCAACAGCCAUGAAGAAAAGGAGAUAAACAACUGCGCGCCUGAAGAAAAAGAAGAACUGCAGGUGAAGGGCCCGUGGACACGUGACGAGGACGACAGGCUUCGGAUGCUGGUCAAGGCAUUUGGGCCCAAACGGUGGACCUACAUUGCAAAAAAAUUAGGAGGAAGAGUAGGCAAGCAGUGCCGUGAGAGAUGGCACAACCAUCUUGACCCAAACAUAAUUAAGACGCCAUUUACUGCAGAGGAGGACAGUAUAAUACUGGCCCUGCACACGAAAUAUGGGAACAAGUGGUCAGACAUUGCUAAGCACUUGCCAGGACGAACAGACAACGCAAUUAAAAACCACUGGAAUAGCAGUAUGCAAAAGAAAGCACUGAGGGCAAAGAGAGCCAAUAGUAUAUCUGGCGACUUCAUAGCGGCCCAUGCAGAGUUUAAAGAGGAGGAAGGGUACGCCAGCCACGGGGUAUCACCAAAAAAAGGAUGGGUGCGCAGAAGGACAACCUCAAUGUUUAUUCCGCAGCCUGACAGCGGGAAUCUUCUUAAUGCGCUAGCGCAGUCUGCGUACAAUGAGCUGCUGAAAACAAAACAGAUGUAUUAUAGCAAAGGAGCUCCUUCUUUGCAAAAUUGGAAUAUUCCGCUGCAGGAUAUACAAAAUGCAAGCACUGACCGAAACAAAAAGAAUUCUUCGGACGAGGAGGAGGUUAUGGAAGGACUGGUUUUACUGGCAAGUGGUGAAAAAUAA